GCUGUGAACUCCGCUUUGAAUAUAUGCUGGAUUCAGUUUUGUGUACAAUUUUCUGUGUCGGGUUUAAUUCUUUUCACCCUUUUUUUCUUUUUCUUUUUUUUCUUGUUUAUUUAUUUAUUUAUGCUGAAAUGGCGUACAAUAUACGCUGUGAACUCCGCUUUGAAUAUACGCUGGAUUCAGUUUUGUAUACAAUUUUCUGAGUUGGGUUUAAUUGGCUGAUUUCGAAUUUUACGAACAAGUUCGAGUUUUUAUUUUAAGUUGCUGAAGGAAUGUACCAAGAUUUCUUUUCUGAGCACUCUCUGUUCGGCGGUGCAAUAGCUAGCACGUUUCCUAAUAGGUUCCAGGAUGUGAGCAACAUUCGGCAAGUUCCUGAUCAUCAGGAGGUGUUUGUGGAUCCUGCCCGGGAUGAGAGCUUGAUCUUUGAGCUAUUGGAUUUGAAGCAUGAUGUUGGUGAUAAUGGAAGUGCUACAUGGUUUCUUCAAGACCUUGCCACUGAGCAAGAAGCUGAAGGAAGCAUGGUUGUUGAACAGUCUGGAGUUAUCGAGGCCCCUACAUUAUGUUUCAGGAACAUACCUGCCGUUGUUACAACUGCAGUAGGCCAAAUGGCAAUUUCCAAGGGGCGGCAAGGAAGGGAAGCACAAAAUAUUGUGAGGGUUUAUGUGGCAAAUCUGCGUCUUAAGGAAGUUAAUACAGAUGUGCUAGUUACUGCAUAUGAGCCCAUUCACAUAAAUCCUCUGAGUGAAAGUGCUAAUGCCGUUGAUGCUGGUUUUGCUGUUCCUGCUACACAAUCUGGAUGUAUGCCAAUGGCUGAGGUCUUUAAACUUGCCGUCUCUAGCUUCAAGGUGAACGACUGGAACCUUUUUGGUAAUGCCGCCUGAGAUGGAUGAUACAACUAUGUUAUUAGGUAGUCCUAUUAUUUAUAUCUGGGAGGAUUCUUCGAACAUUGGGUUUAUUCGUCACAUCAGUCAGAUUCCAUACCCUGUCUUGCAAUUGAAAUAUGGUGAAAGAGUGUUCCCAACUUUAGGUUUAUUUAUUUAUUUAUUUAUUUUUGUAUCCUUAGAACAAAACUAGUUUGUAAAUGUCUUUAAACGUUUUCAGUUAUGGAUCAGCAUUAAGAGUGUAUUUUUA